GCCCACCACCGUCCGAAGCAAAGCGAGCACGAGGCAGCACAAGCGCAGAGCGCAGAGCAGCCAAGCGCCACACGCCGACGCCGAACCAACCAACCAACCAGCUGGUAGUAGUAGUAGGUUCUCGCCCUUCGCCGCGAUGCCUCGCUGCGCGGUCGUCGUCCUCUUCGCCGCGGUGCUCCUCGCGGCCUCCGCCGCCGCGGUCUCCGGGUUCCACCUCGGCGGGGACGAGAGCGGCCUCGUCAGGGGCGUGCUCGCCGCGCUCCGCGAGCGGGCCGAGGCCGAGGACGCCGCGCGCUUCGCCGUCGCCCACCACAACAAGAACCAGGGUGCUGCUUUGGAGUUUACAAGGGUGCUCAAAUCUAAGCGGCAGGUGGUGACCGGGACCCUGCAUGACCUGAUACUGGAGGCAGCUGAUGCUGGAAAAAAGAGUCUGUACAGAGCAAAGGUUUGGGUGAAGCCGUGGGAGGAUUUCAAGUCUGUUGUGGAGUUUCGCCUUGUUGGAGACUCUGAAUCUGAAUCCGAGUCUUCUGUCACUUCUGAUGUUAGCUCUGGGCAAGCGAUUGCCAAGCUCUCUCUUGAAGCAGACAUUGCACAAGAGGAGGCUCACCUGCACACCAUUGAGAAUGAUGGACUUUCCGGCGAUUUCGCAUCAUCCUCUUAGACAUACUUGGUGUGACUAGGAUUCCAGGCAAGGAUGGAAAGCGUGAAGGUUUUAAAUGAAGUUUUAGGUAUUUAGAAUGCUAUAUCGUAGAUUGCUGUCAAGCUGAAAUGCUUUGCCUUGUUUACUGGAAUAUGUAUAUUUCGUUUGUAACGUGGGAGCAUAGAACUGUAUGUUUCGGUUUUUUGCACUGUCCAUUUCCGUGUCUGUAUAUAAGGAGGUUCUGUCUGUGUACGGCAGAGUACUUCAACUGCAUAUAUAUAUAUAUAUAUGUAAUGCAAAAUUGUCGUCUGGUUUCAAGUAAA